GACUCAGUAGUACCACAGCAGGCAGCAUCUCAAUCACACACACAUGAACACACUCAAGAAGACAAAAGCAUACACACAUCAAAAGUGAGAACAUCAGAAGAGUUUCGAGAGAAGAGAAGAAAACCUUUGGCUUGUUCCUCUGCUCUCCGUUUUUUUAUUGCUUUGCAUCCCUGAUAUGACCCUGUUCAGUCCAAGAUACAUGAGAAUGAGUGGAGAGUUGAAGUCAAGCCGCUCCAGGGCAACCAGCAAGAGGGCCAGCAACACCACUUAUGGAUCAGAGUUUGAUCUGGACUAUGACAGCUACCACGAAGACUACUAUGACAGGGCAUGUGAUUACCAGCGUGUGCCAGCCUCAAUCUCUCCUCUCCCUUUGGGACCAAGUGGGGCCAAGAGAUCCCGUUACUCCUCCCAUUCCUACUCCAGCAGGCACAGACGCAGUCGAGACAGAACCCACUCUAAAAGCUCCAAAGCCCAGUCCACAAGUUCAAACACAGCCAAGUUGGGGAUGGAGGAGCUACAGGUGAUUAAAAAGGAGCUGACUCUGAUAAAGACACAGAUCGAUGGACUCCUUGAAAGUCUUGACAGGAUGGACACACAGAGGGAUGACCAGAAAGACUCUCCCCUGAGAGAGGACAGUCCGCUCAGUCUGUCCUAUGACGUGACAGCCAGCAGUCCGGAGCAUUCCCUUUCUUCCCUUUCCCCACCUAGUUCCCAUCAUCGGAUCAGGGAAAGCCCAGACAUGAAGAUGAGCAGCCACAGCUUCGACCCCGAGGAGGAGAUAUGACGGACAAAUAUGAGGAAAGAGUAAAAGAUGGGGGUUAGGUGCCAAACAUGGACGAAGAGAACCGCAAACCUUCAAGUUAAUGCCCACCAACAAAGCCUAACUCACUGCAGGCUGGACAUAUCAGAUCAGAUUACGUAUUUAUUGUUACCACAGCUGCUUGGUUUAAUCUAACCUAGAAACAAGGAUGCAACAAAAAAAAAAAAAAAACAUGUGAAUAAGAUUGAGGAUAUUAAUUAAGAUAAGCUUAAGAGAAAGAGGGUGGUGCACUGAUCCUAUCUAUAAAGCAGAUGUAAAUUAAACCUGGAGGCUGAGUGAGAAUAACAGCCUCACUUUUUAUUCUCAAGACAUGGAUCAAUAUGAAAAGCAAUUUUUCACACAAAUCAGAUUGGUUGCAAAUGAAUUAAGUCUGAACUCUGAUCACAAUCUUGCUCCUGUGUUUACUUACAUAUCCCUCAUUUUAAAAGAAGACGUUCAUUUUCAGCAUUAAACGCUAGAUACACUGUUUUUUUUUCUUUGUUUUUAACAAUUGUGGAAAGAGAAAAUACAACCAGGCUGAAUAGAGGUCAUGUUGGAACAACAAAACAUAUGAAUAAAUCUGGGUGGAUGCUCAGGGUCACAGAUCUGCUCGAAUGUCCCUUCACCCCCAUCUCAAGUCUUACACAGAAUCUGAAAGGUUUAUUUAUUAUAUUUAAUCACAAUUCCCCUGUAUUUAGCUCCAGCUUUCAUUACUUUGCUGAAGUAAAUGAUCCCCAGAGCACGAUGCUGCCACCACUAUGUUCUAGCUUGGAGGGAAGUGGUGUAUCCAAAUCGAUGAGCAGUGUAAGUUUUGCUCCAUACAUGGUGCUGUGCACAACUUCUGAAGACCACAGGAACUUAUAUAGAGUUACAAGAGUAAAGGGGAUUCAAUACACUACUCUGCAUGCUUUCAAUUUGUGUUGUUUAAAAGGUUUAAAAUAUCAAAUUCUUUUUCUGUUUCCUAACAACAGCCUAAAACUCUCAAUGAAAUACACUAAAAGUUAGUUGCUAUAACAUGAAAAAAUG